AUGGAUAAGAUUGUCACUGUAUACCGCAAGAAGUUUGCUAACGCGGUAGGCCUGACACGUGACCAAGAACUCAUUCUCUCCCCCGUUGGUUUUCUAGCUGCCAGGAAACAAGACAUGACUUGGUCGGACAGCGUCGUUGAACAAUUCAGCCUCGUCGAUCUCUUCACCACUGACGAGAGCGACUUCUAUGGACCCUACAACACCCUCUUGUUCGAGCUCUUCCCUGCCAAUGAGCACUAUCAAUCUCUUCGCGAACGGAGGCCGAUGACCAGUGCCAUGGGCACAAAUUUCUCUAUCUACGAGUUGACGACGGCCAAUAACCAACUCCUGCCUGUGCGCAUCAUCCCCGAUCCCCGAUUCCUUAUCGAUACGGCACCCAAGGAGCAAUGGAGCUAUGAUAUCCUGGAUCCCGCUGGAGAAGCAAAGAUGAGAGAGAUCGUGGAAGAGGUCAAGGCGAUGUCAGUAGUUCCCAAUCCCUGA